AUGUUUCACGAUGAUGCCUCUCGCUCCGCUGGCGCUCUCUUCACGGGCAUGAUGCACUUGAAUGUCGAGGAGACCGUCCAGGUUGACAGCUUCCAGGCGUCCCUGCAACUGCAUAUUCACCAGAAGAGGCCCUUUGCAAAGCAUUGCAUCGAGUGCUCUGAUCAGUACACGGAACUGAAGCACUGGGAUUUUCUUCCUAAAGCUGUAAUGCUGACCCCCGGCCGACACGCGUACCCAUUUUCCAUCCAUUUACGGGGUCACAACCCUGAAAGCAUCGACACGCCAGUCGUUUCUAUAUCAUACGAGUUCAAGGCUCAGAUCCACUGCGCCGGCUUCCACCCCCUAAGCUUUGAGAGGGACAUCCCAGUCAAGCGAUCCCUCCUCGGCUCAGAUCCACUGCACCAGUCCAUGCGCGUGUUUCCGCCAACAAACGUUAAGGCUACUGUGUUCCUGAACCGCGUCAUUCACCCAAGUGGCACCCAUAAAGUGCAACUGCGUCUCGACGGUAUCACUAGCCUCGAGGGCAAAAGCGUGGAGAUAUGGAAGCUCAAAAGACUUGCGUGGAAGCUUGAAGAGACGGUCUGCACUGCCGCUCCGGCCUGUCCUGGUCACGCCGCGGAAGGUGCUAGUACGGACCAGUUGACCGUCAGACGAAACGAGGCACGGAUCUUGGGCGAGAAGGAAAUGCACGGGGGUUGGAAGAGCGAUUACAACACCAGCGAUGCUCGCGUCGAGUUUGAGUUUGAGUAUGGGCUUACAACGAGACACACCCGCAAAGGAGAUGCAAUGUACGCUUGUGAUAUCCGAGCGGCUACCAAUGGCACUGGCACCGAAAUCUCGCACUCGCUCUCUAUCGAGAUGUUGUUAUCAAAGGAGCUUGCGUCGUCGGAUAUUCCCAAUCUCGUGUCAGCGACGAGCGACGCUCGGGUCCUCAGGAUGCGGCACGCCGUGAUUCUCACCGAGGCACCUGGUCUCGGUGUGGCUUGGGAUGCGGAGCUGCCGCCCGUCUACGACGAUGUGCCGCCAAGCCCGCCCUCAUAUCCCAAGGACGCUCCUGUUGAGUACGAGAAUCUGGAAGUCGUGGAUGAGCAGGAGAGGCGCCCUAGUGUGGUCAAUAGUGAAACGUCCCUUCCUUCAGCGUAG